CCAAAUUCACAUUCUCAAUCAAACACCACACACACAAGUUACUUGUAAAAUUUAGUUUUCAUUUUCAGACACACACACGCACUAGUUGUACUUCUAUCUUUAAACUCUCUAGAUCUACACGCACUAUAUACACACAAAUUUCUACGGUUUGCAUUUCACACACACAAACAUGCCUUCUUCUUCUCACUGGUGCUACAGAUGCAGCCGAUACGUUAGGGUUUUAAAUCAACAAUCUCUUAAUAAUCUCUCUUGCCCCGAUUGUAACGCCGGGUUUGUGGAGUCCAUCGAUAACCCGAACCGAAACCGCUUGUUCAUGAUCGGAAAUCGCGCCAAUUUAGAUCAGAAUUCCACGCCGGCGAUCCGCCGAAGUCGCCGCACCGGCGACGACCGGUCUCCGUUCAAUCCUGUCAUUGUUCUUCGUGGAAAUAGUGAUGGGUCUGAGCAAAUGGGUGAUUCCGGGUCGGGUUCCGGAUCCGUGUCCGGGUCGGGUUUUGAGUUGUAUUAUGAUGAUGGUGCCGGGUCGGGUUUGAGGCCGUUGCCGAAUAGUGUGUCGGGGUCUUUGUUGGGUUCGGGGUUCGAUCGGUUGUUGGAUCAGCUAUCGCAAAUUGAAGCGAAUGGAGUUGGGAGGAUUGAUCAUCCACCGGCUUCGAAAGUGGCGAUUGAGUCGAUGCCCAGUGUGGUGAUUGGUGAUGAUCAUGUUUGUAGUGAGCUGCAUUGUGCUGUUUGUACUGAAUUGUUUGAGUUUGGGACCGAAGCUCGAGAAAUGCCUUGUAAGCACAUUUAUCAUUAUGAUUGUAUUGUGCCUUGGUUGUCUAUUCGUAAUUCUUGUCCUGUUUGUCGAUAUGAAUUGCCUAUUGAGUCUAGUGGAGUUGAGAAUGAGGAAAAUGUGGAGCAGAAUAAUGAAGAUGAAAGUAUUGGGUUGACGAUAUGGAGGUUGCCGGGAGGUGGAUUUGCUGUGGGGAGGUUUUCAGGUGGUAGGAGAGGUGAACGAGAAUUACCUGUUGUGUUUACAGAGAUGGACGGCGGGUUUAAUAAUAAUGGGGCUCCGAGGAGGAUUUCCUGGGCUUCUAGAGGGAAUGUGAGUAGGGAAAGAGGUGGGUUCAGGCGAGUUUUAGGGAAUUUGUUUAGUUGUUUUGGCGGUUCAAGAUCAUUGGAUGCUAGUUCAAGUUCUGAUUCUAGGGUGAAUGUUAGGAGUAAUUCGGUGACGUCGGUAUUUAGCAACUCUUCUUCACCUAGACACAUGCCUUUUGAUCGACGAUAACAUGAAUACAAGUAUGUUUGUGUAAUAUGCUAGUAAUUGUCUUUUCAGAAAGAUGAACAUUCUAUGUUUUUGGGAGACAUACAUGAUUGUGGAUCUUGUACAUAAUAAAGAGGACGACUUAAUCUUGAUGAACAGAACUCCCCUGGAAUAAUUCAUUAUAUUACGGCACCUUAUUGUGCAGAAGGUUAGCUGAAAAGGUAGAGCCUUAUUACUAUCUGAGCUGACUUCUUUGAAGUAUAAGGUACACAGAUUCUUUUACACUGAGAAUGCGCAAAUAUGACAUUUCUGAAGGGUUUCUUAGAUUGUAAUCUGUUUAUCCACUUGUAGUUAGCUAUGUUUAGUUUUUCCUUGCAAGAUGUUUUUACGGAUUUUGAAUUUGUAAAGUUUCAUUAUUUUAUGCCA